CCUUCUGGACUGCGUACGCUGCUCCCUGGAGGGGCUCUCCGAGUCCCACCCACUGGCUGGAAGGAGGGGACGUGAAUGAAAGGACAGGACAAGCCCCGAACACCAUGUCACUCUGGGAGGGACACAGCAGCAACUGAGCUGUGCAAGGUUUUUUUUUUUCUUUUUUUUUCCUUUUCCCUUUUCUUUUUCUUUCUUUUUCUCCCCCUCCCUUUUUUUUUCCUUUUUCUUCUUUCUCUUUCUUUCUAUUUUUUUUUUUCUUUUUCUUUAAGGUGGGGAAAGAGACACCCAGGAGACAGGAAGCUGAUCUGCAAGAUUUCCGAGUUCUGCUAAAAGGACUUUGAUUUUUUUUUUUCCCCUUCCUUUACAAACGCUGGCAAUUGACAUCACUACGGACAGCCGGGUAGAGAACAAACUGCCUCCUCCCAAGUGGACCCCAGGCGUGAUCUGGGGAGACUGUGUGGGGUUUUUUCCUACGGAUCCCCGCCUCUUUCUCUUUUUGGUGUGUUUCUUUUUAAAAUUCUUGCUGUGUUGGAACUAGCGAGUGCUGGAAGACUCUCGGAAGCCUCAUCAGUCAUCGGGACUGUCAGGAAUAGUGGUUCCAGAGGAAGCUCGGCCUGGGGCACAUAGCCUGUCAUCCAGUUCCCUGCCUCGGAGAUAGCGAUUCCAGCUACAUGGGCAAACGCCUGGAUCAGCCACAAAUGUACCCCCAGUACACUUACUACUACCCUCAUUACCUCCAAACCAAGCAGUCCUAUGCACCAGCUCCCCACCCCAUGGCUCCUCCCAGCCCCAGCACAAACAGCAGCAGCAACCACAGCAGCAGCAACAGCAGCGGGGAACAGUUGAGUAAAACCAACCUGUACAUUCGAGGCCUCCCACCAGGCACCACUGACCAGGACCUAAUCAAGCUGUGCCAACCGUAUGGAAAAAUCGUAUCCACAAAGGCAAUCCUUGACAAAAACACAAAUCAAUGCAAAGGGUAUGGUUUUGUAGAUUUCGACAGCCCAGCAGCUGCACAGAAAGCGGUAGCAUCUCUCAAGGCAAAUGGCGUGCAGGCACAGAUGGCCAAGCAACAAGAGCAAGACCCAACAAACCUUUACAUAUCAAAUCUCCCCAUUUCUAUGGAUGAGCAGGAACUUGAGAAUAUGCUGAAACCUUUUGGACAUGUCAUUUCCACAAGAAUACUAAGAGAUGCUAAUGGAGUCAGCAGAGGCGUUGGCUUUGCCAGAAUGGAGUCUACUGAAAAAUGUGAAGUGGUAAUUCAACAUUUUAAUGGAAAAUAUCUGAAAACACCACCAGGAAUCCCAGCCCCUAGUGAGCCUUUACUGUGCAAAUUCGCUGAUGGAGGACAAAAGAAGCGACAGAAUCAAAGUAAAUACACCCAGAAUGGAAGGCCUUGGCCCAGGGAAGGAGAGGCUGGCAUGGCCCUGACCUAUGACCCCACAGCUGCAAUACAGAAUGGAUUUUAUUCUUCACCGUACAGUAUUGCAACCAACCGCAUGAUUCCACAGACAUCCAUCACGCCAUUCAUUGCUGCUUCCCCUGUCUCCACAUACCAGGUCCAGAGUACUUCAUGGAUGCCUCAUCCGCCAUACGUUAUGCAACCAACAGGUGCUGUGAUUACGCCAGCGAUGGACCAUCCAAUGUCAAUGCAGCCAGCAAACAUGAUGGGCCCCCUGACACAGCAGAUGAACCACCUUUCGUUGGGCACCACAGGAACGUACAUGACUGCCGCGGCUCCUAUGCAAGGGACCUACAUCCCCCAGUAUACGCCUGUGCCUCCGACGGCUGUUUCCAUUGAAGGUGUUGUGGCUGAGACCUCUCCCCAGACAGUGGCACCUUCGUCCCAGGACACGAGCGGUCAGCAGCAGCAGAUAGCAGUGGACACAGCCAGCGAGCAUGCAUCUGCGUAUUCCUACCAACAGUCCAAACCAUAAACAAGACUGAAGAAUGUCCGUCUGAAACGCUGCCUUGAAUGAAGAAACUUCAUUAAACAAGAAGUUGGCUUCCAGUUUUGCACAGGCGUCGAUGGAAUGCUGUUUUGUUUGUGCUUUUAAUUUUCUACUUUACCCAAUGAAAACCACAUGUUUUUACGUGCUGUGCAAAUGGUUCUUUCAUGUGGUCUGACAGUUUAUUUUUGCAUCAUUUUUUUAAUUAAAGAAAACAAUCCCAGAAGAGGACAACAACUACCACAAACAAAUAAAGCAAAACAUGGAAGGUUGACAUUCACGUGGAAGAACAUUUGAAUUCAGAAUUUAUCUGAAGGUGUAGAUAGAUUUUUUUUUUAAACAGGAAAUCUGAUGUCAAGAGGUGGGCAAGCAGAAAUGGAAACAAAUUGUCUUCCUCAGUAAUUAAGCUACUCUUUCUUUUUCCCUUCUUGUUUAAAUCUAGUGGGUUGGGUUUUUUUUUUUAUUUUUUCUUAGAAAUAUUUAGGUAAGGUUUAUCUUGAAUCUUAAUUGCCUUAAUUUUAAGGACGUCAAAGGCUCUCGAGGCAAGCUGUCAACGUCUUGUUAAAACCAAGAAAGAAUGGAAAUAUUGUACCAGUUUCCACUGGUACAGAAGUCUAAGACUAUGAGUUUUUAGGGUGGAAAAAAAAACUGUACAGUUUUAAAGAAAAUGUUUUUCUUCAUUUGAAGAAAAUUUGCUGAUAAAAGAAACCAUGGCAACUGCAAGAAUUGGGGAAAUGCUGGGACUUCUCAUGAACUUUGUCUUAAGUGUUGAAUUGUUCUAGAAGGCUAAAACAUUUUAAGGUAAAGUUAUUAAUGUUGGUUUAAAAACAACUGCAUUAGAAAUAAUGCGUGUUUGGGGGGCAGAAUGCAGACUUUUUUAAUUUCCAAAGCGUGAUCGCUAGCAAAAUCAUUAGUGCUUUUUAUCUGCAGUCUUUUUUAUGAGCUUUACAAACUUUUUAGUCAGCUUUGCUUGUCACAUUGCAAAAUCUAGCUUAAGAGCAUUAAAAAAAAAAAAAACUUAAGUAGAUAGGAGCUUAUUGUCAAAAAGUGCAAAAAAGAAAAAACCAACAAAAAAAAAAACAAAAAAAAAAGCAAUAGAUAGAGAAAUUGUUGACAAUUUCUGUAGUCUUUCCUAGUUGUGAUCAAAUUCAGCCUAUGGAUGGCCUGUUUUAUACCAAAGAUGAAGUGGCACCCUGUUGCAGUCCAGAAGAUAGAGGUUGCUUUUCUUUUCUUUUCUUUUUUAAAAUUUUAUUUGACCUACAUGGCCGGACCAGUCCUUUGUUUGUUUAAACUACCUUCCACUGGUGUUUUACAUACUGCAAAAAAAAAAAAAAAAGUUUUUAUUUUAAAUGUAUAUUUGUGGAUAGUAGAAGCUUGUUCCUGUGGUCAGCAAUAUUAGCGCCAAGAGUUCUGGAUUCCAACCAAUAGAGCCAAAUGGCUUUAAAUUCCAUGUGCUUUUCUGGUUCUUUCCUAGUGCUCUUGAAUCAUGAAGUCUGUAUCGAUGGCCACCAAUGAGCUAACACACUUCUUUAACAGGUUGAAAUUUCAUUAUGUGAAUUUUGGACUCAAGAUACUUCCUGAACUGGUCUGAAAGAUCACUUGUUGAAAAAGCUCAGUGAUGCUCUGUUGAGUGGUGAGUGGUCUCCCGAAAAGGCCUUGUGCAGUAUGUGGGACAGUAGCCUUCCUUCUAAAUUCCUGCACCUCUAGAUUUUGUCUUCUUGCCUCAGUCUUCUUUGUCAUCAUCUACCAUGAACAGCCACCUUGACUCUGCAUGUGGGGAGGGGGUAUCUUUUUUGUGUGCGUGCCUCAUUUCAUUGGAUUUUCAUAUCCUGGUAUCGUCAGAAGAAAGACAAGAUAGACUUUUUAAUUUCAGUUUAACUCUCUGAGGCAAAUAGGACCAAUAAGAUUGAGGAUUCUAUUAGUGGACUUCAGGUAAGCUUUUAAUGCUAGUUGACAAUCAAGAAAUAUAACUUAUAUGAAUAAGAACCCAAAUAAUUAGAUUUGAUCGAUUCUUAAAGCCAAAGGAGAUAUAUGUUACAUUGAGAAUGAUGCAAAACUUUGUCUAAAAUGAAUUAAAUUAACUUACCAAACACUUCUGCAUAUUUGACUCAUAAAAUCUAUGUUCAACCUGUACAGUUUUACCUGAAAUGAGAGACAGUGGAACUCUGUUAAUUGAACCAUGCACUAGAAUGGCUUUCUAAUGGCUUAUUAGAAUCAAUAGUUGAAACUCUUUUCACAAAGUGACAGGAACCUGUCUUAGUCCAGAAGGAAGAGGCACCGUAAAAGAAAACAGGGUAGGCAUUGAAAAACUAACAUGUUAAAAGGUAAAUCAUAUUCCCAUUAGGUCAACAUGAAUAAUGAGUUUGACUCAUAAAAUUCAGCAACAUUAUGCUAUGUUUGAUCUAUAAACAAAGGUCUAGUGUUAAAAUAUACCUAAUUCUCUUAUUUGAAAAUCCCAUGAAUUGAAAGUUCUUAUCUAGAGAGUGAUUCCAUAUCUUUGUGGUCCAACUAGAUUCAGAAAUUUAGCCAACGCAGUGUAGCAUGUGCUACAAAGAAAUGCCAGCUGGUCACAGCCAUCCCUAUGGUUUCCCAUGCUCUAGAGAGAAUACUAAACUUUUGUUUUGUUCCAUUCUUCAGCUUCUCGUGUAUGUUAAGGAUGGCAUUUUCUCUUUGAAAAAUGGGCCCCCGAGUUACAGGGGGAUGAGCAAACCUGUAUAGGAGCUGUCCUUUUGGUUUCUCUUCUUCAGUCUCUGAACUCUGUGUAUAAAUAAGGAUUAUCCUGGGCAUAAUUCAUUUAAAUAUGAAAUCAACAUACUUCCUGUGUCUUCUGUCAAAAAAAUAAAUCAAAACGUAAUGUGAUACCAAGAAAGUCUCAUUUCCACAAUCAACAAUGAGGCUAAGAGGUAGCUACCAUGUGGCUGAUGAAUGUGCCUAGGUAACUUCCUGUUUCUACUCAAAACUACUGCUUUAUUUAUACAUUCAGCAACAUUUUUUUCAACUAUAAAAUUUCAGUAAUCUCAAUUUUUUAAGCCACUUCAGGCAAAAGAAAAUGACUUGCCAUUUUAUGUGUCCAUCUGUGCUUUAUGUUUGGAUUUUUUUUAUAUUAUGCCAUAACGUAUCUUAUUUUAAAUCAAAAAGAAGGAAAAAGUGGCACAUGUUCAAAUUUGCAUAUAUCAUCUCUAAAGUUUAUCACCUAAAAAUUAAUUUUAAGAAUCAAGCCCAGGAAAAAAAUAAAUACAUCAAUAGGUAGGCAGCAUUACAUUGUAUAAAAAGUAAAACAAACCAAAACAUGUGUUCAAUAUACACUGAUAUCAGAAUCCUAAUUUAAUCAACAGUACAGAUUAUGGAGAUCUUAACCCAAUUUAGGACUACAAUCAUUUUUUAGAGUGUUCUGGUUCACUAUACUUCAAGCAUUGAUUCAGAUUUUCAAUGUUUCCUCUCAUCUGCAAUUGCCAAGACUUAGCCUAAGUGUCAGUAAGCAAAGUAAACCCACAGUCCAAAUGGGAUAAACAUUAUUUCCUCCAAACUCUGGUUCCGUGGUCAGUGGAGAAGCGGGUAUUCUUUUAAUAAGGAGGAGGUACUGUUAAGGAAGUCUGCAUGGUGACUGGAAACUCCUCAGAGCAUGACCACAUCUUCUGAAGUCAUCAGGCACCAUAGGUAUCACUUGCAGGGUGGAAGACUGUCCUUCAACAUGGGCAUAUCUUAAAUAUUGCAAGUUACAUGCUAUUCUGUCAAUAAUAAAACCUUUGACCCAGCUGUGGUUUGGUCAGGGUUAGUUUGUUUCCCUGGUAGUUUCGACCCCUCGAAUGUUGUGCCAUGCUUCACCACUUGAAUCAGCUCUCCUGUGACCUUAACAGAUCUGCUGCAUUUGACAGCAUAUGUGAUACACUUCCUAAAAUUCCCCCUCUUAAUGAAAAACUACAUGAUGUUAAAAGCGCCCAUAUCAGAGACGGAAAGCCCUAGGAGGAGGCUAGAUAGAACAGGAGGUUCGCUGAACCUACAGAAUCCAUUAACUGCUUGAAAAACUUUUAUAAUCAUUUUUAAUCUAUGGAUAAGAAAAUAAAAGUACUUAGUUUUUCUAACUCUAUUUGAAUAAUUGGGGUGUCUGUUAUACACAUAUGGGCUUCCCAGGUAGCUCUGGUGGUAAAGAACCUGCCUGCCAAUGCAGGUGGACGUAAAAGGUACAGGUUUGAUCCCUGGGUUAGGAAGAUCCCCUGGAGGAGGGCACAGCCACCCACUCCAGGAUUCUUGCCUAGAGAAUCUCAUGGACAGAGGAGCCCAGUAGGCAACAGUCCAUAGGGCCACACAGAGUCAGCACGACUGAAGUGACUUAGCGUGCGCACACACACACACACACACACACCCCUUAUGUCUUUCACAGUGGCCUAAAAUUCCCAUUAAUGAAAGCUGAGAUCUUAUUAGGACCUUUGAAGUCUUCUUUCUGCUUGAGGAAAAGUUUCAGUGGACCGUCUAGACAGAUGAUAACCUUAGUAGAGGACUGAAAAGACACUUGACAAUUCAGUCUCAUUCUUGAGUGCAGGGACCACUGCAAGACAAGCUGAUAAGCAGGGAGGCAUUUUUAAGUGGGUUUCAGUGAGAAAUGUUUUUAUAUGAUAUGAAAUCAAAUGAAAGGAUAUUUAUAUAGGUAUAUAGUGACAUGUAGCACAUUGGAGGAGCCACACUUCAUAGUCACAUCUAAACAUGUCAUAGAACCCUGACCUCUAUUACCUUGUCCUCGGUAAAAGAGUAAGAAUGAAAUUUUGUUUUCCAUGUAAUCGAAAAACAUGACUGGCAGGCUUCAAAAUUCUGAGCUCGCUGGGACUGACAGCCCCUCAUUCCAAUUUAAAGGACUGAUGAGGUUGACACCCUUCCCGUGACAGACUAAUAAUGAGAUUCCAGUAAUGAAUCCAUUUGUUUUGCAAAUGACACCCACCAUGGCAUUGGAAGACAGCCGAGUCUAACUCAAACUGAACAUUUCUUACCAAAUAUUCUGAAACAUGACGUUGGUCCCUUAAUCCACGUGUUCUUGGCCAUGGCCGUCCCUUGUGGCAUACAGAGCGUUCAGGAAAGUACAGAAGCUGAGAACAAAAUCCCUGAGUGGCCCAAACAAUCUUUUUUGAUGUAAGGCAGGGAAGCUCAGCCCAGAUUGGUGAUUUCUGGUUUUUUACCCCCAACGUAUAUGCUAACUGUCACGUGAAAAGAAAAAAAAAAAAAAGAUGGAUAGCUUCUCCUUGUUUAUGUCUUUUUAUUUCUGGGAGGGAAAAUAAUGAUUUCAGAAUAGCACUGUCUAUGCGGCAGUUCUAAAGCUGGAGCAGGGUGAGGCGGGUCUUGGAGCUGCUGGAAGAACCACUAGGCCACUGGGUCCACCUUUUCAAUCCAUUGUAUUCCCUCCAGUUAGUGACUGCCCUGAAGCCCCAGUCCUGCAGAAAUACAAUCACUCCCAGUUUUUGAAGGGCUAAUCAUUUACUUUUGUGCACCUAGUUUAUCUUCUCUUUCCAACUAUUAGGACUUCUCUUUCCUUCUAUUAGAAUUUCACCCUGAGGAUGGAAAACAAAAAACAUUUGGAAGUAAAAUUCAAAUCUAUUUUGUUUCUUGUUAAGAAUUGAUUUAUUGAAGCAGUUUUGAAGUCAUUGGUAAAAUGAAUGUCAGUGCAUUACAUACUGUGAGUUUUUAAUAUCCAUAAUGUCCCUUUCCCAUCCACUGUAAACAAUUGCAAGCUGGCUCUAUGCUUGCAGAACAUAAACAGAAAAAGUAUAGCAAAGAAUUUAGCUUUCCUCAAAUGAAAGCUAUUUUGAUUUUGCUCACUAUUGAAAUUUGAACCAGUAGAACAGCUCAACUCAAAACUGAGUUUUGGGAAUAUAGUAAUAGCUCUUGGUUAAAUAUGCACUUUUAUCCCCAUCUUACAUCUUUGACCAAAAAAUUGCAUCAUUUUAUAAUUUUUUGACUUUGUGUUACCACAUUAAGGCUGAAUGACCUUGAAAUUCCAUUGGAUUUUGUAAAAAAAACUUUAUUUCAAAUUUAAAUAAUAUCCAAAGUGUAACUUCAGUGUUAUGCUUUGUAUUGUUAACCCUCUAAUCUUAUUAAGAAAGAUGCUCUGUCCUCCUCCCCAAAUUAGGUUAUUUCUUCAUAUGUGAAACAGGAGUUAUUCCAUGUUUUAAAACAGGAAAAAUAUUUCACAGAGAUACUUGAAAAACUUUUCUCCAUUCUGGGAAUUAAUGCUUCCAUUUAUUUAAAAAGAAGAGAAUGUAAUUGGAAUCUUAAUUUUAAAAAUAUAUAUGUAAAAGUGUACUUGCUAUGAAAUAUUCAGUUUCUAAAAAGGGAGAAAAAGGGACACAGCUUCUUUUAAAACUGUUGUUUCAGGCCAUAUCUGAUGUCAUAGAACUUCUGAAACAUCAUUCAAUUCUGAAUUUUAUUUAAGAGCAUUUUGUACUGCUGUCUUUGACUGUCACGGAAAAUUCUGUAAUUGAACAGUGUUCCUGGUUUUAUUUUUAACUUUUUCAUCUGUACCACAGUCAAAUUAGCUACCAUUUUCCCUGUUCCUUGAGCUUUCUGUAGAUCAGUGGAUGUUAGGUUUAAACUUCUGUUUUCUUUGAUGAAGCUUUCAAUAAAAAAUGAAAAUAAAAUCAA